UUUGAUGAUCUUUUAACAGCACAGCAGCAGUCAGCUGGAGACCGGGAUGAUCCUGCAACAGAUGGCAGAGUGACCACACAACAAAUGGCUUCCACAGGAAAUGGCCUCCGUAGUCAGGGGGAUGAUAACCUCCAGGCCAUGCUGGUGGGGGCGAUGAUGAGGAAAAUUAAGUCUCGUAACUGGAAGAAGCAGCGAUAUUUCAAGCUGGAGGAUGACUUCAUGACCAUCUGGUACCAGUCUAAGAAGACUGGCAAUAUCCGCUCCACAUUUUCUGUGAAUGAUGUGGAAGCAGUUCGAGAGGGGCACCAGAGUGAGGUCCUCCUCAGUAUUGCAGAUGAGUUCCCACCCGACAGAUGCUUCACAUUGGUCUUUCGUGGUCGCAGGGGCAAUUUGGACCUGGUGGCCGAGUCAGCUGAGGAAGCACAGUCCUGGAUAUGGGGCAUGAGGAAACUGAUUGAGAAUGUGGAAAACAUGGGUGAGAGGGAGAAACUCGAUCAAUGGAUUGGUGAAUGGUUCAAAAAGGCAGACAAGAACAAUGAUGGCAGGAUGAACUUUAAGGAAGUGCAAGACCUGCUGAAGAUGAUGAAUGUGGACAUGAAUGAACAUCAUGCUCACCACCUUUUUACAAUGGCUGAUAAGUCCCAAUCAGGUACCCUGGAGAAUGAUGAGUUUGUGCUCUUCUACAAGAUGUUGACUCAGCGAGAGGAUGUACUGAAGGUAUUUCAGGAAUACUCUGUUGAUGGUCAGAAGCUAUCCCAAAGCAACCUGGAGGACUUCCUUAGAGAGGAACAGCUUGAGGGGGAUGAUAUCCAACUGCAUGCUAAGCAGCUCAUUGAGUGCUACGAACCCUCAGACAAAGCCAAGCGCAUGAAUGCCAUGACAUUUGAUGGCUUUUUGAUGUACCUCGGCUCAGCUGAAGGCUCCAUUUUUAACCCACAGCGGAGGGGGAUCUUUCAGGACAUGACUCAGCCACUCUGUCAUUAUUUCAUCUCAUCAUCCCACAACACCUACCUGAUGGAGGACCAGCUCAGAGGACAAAGCAGUGUGGAGGGAUACAUCAGGGCUCUGAGUCGUGGCUGCCGAUGUGUUGAAGUAGACUGCUGGGAUGGUGCCAAUGGAGAGCCCAUUGUAUAUCAUGGACACACUUUCACCUCCAAGAUACUUUUCAAGGAUGUGGUUAGUGCAGUUGGAAACUAUGCCUUCAAGGUAUCACAAUAUCCAGUCAUCCUGUCCAUUGAGAACCACUGCAGUGUUGAACAACAGAGAGUUAUGGCACAUCAUCUAAACCACAUUCUUGGUGACAGGUUGUUGAAAACUAUACUGGAUGGCAAGGCCCUCAUCAGACUGCCCUCUCCUGAGGAUCUUAAGGGGAAGAUUCUUGUGAAGGCGAAGAAAGAUGGUGGUUUAGAGCAGAGUUUAAGUGGGAUGGUGGAAGAUUCUCUGAAUGGGGAGGUCAGCGAUGAAGAUGAGGCAGCUGAAAUUGAUGAAGAUCACCCACACCAUGAGACGGGAGACAGGGUCCAGGAGGGCAGACAGGGAGAGAAUAUCAUUAGCCACGAGAAGUCAAAAGAUCUAAGAAAUUGCAUAGUUUACUGCAAAAGUGUCCAUUUCACUAGCUUCAAACACUCACGUGUUCACUCCAAGUUCUAUGAGGUGGCUUCUUUCACAGAGUCUAAAGCCCGGAAACACCUUCGAGACGCCGGGGCUGAAUUUGUGCACCAUAACUCACGGCAGCUGAGCAGAGUUUAUCCCAGUGGCUUUCGAACAGACUCUUCCAAUUUUAAUCCUCAGGAAAUGUGGAAUGCUGGUUGCCAAAUUGUUGCUUUAAACUUCCAGACAGCAGGGGAGGGGAUGGAUGUGAACGAUGGACUUUUUAGUCAGAACGGCUGCUGUGGCUAUGUGUUGAAGCCCAGCUUCAUGAGAGAGGCGGACACAAGGUUUGACCCUGAGAUGCCUCAAACACGGGAUCACUACCAUCCUGUUGUCCUCACCAUACAGGGCUUCGCGCAGCACGGCUCACUGGUGUCUUCUGCUGUACCGAAGGAUCCUGGUGAACUACUCACAGCAAAUCUCAGACUGGGGAGCAAGCCUCUCAGACAGGCCCCUGCUUUGGCAUCCUUCCCCUCCAGUGUUUUUGCUGGCACUAAGAUCUCUCCUGAAGCUCUGGUACAGACACUCAAGUUUGAUGAAGCUCCAGAUCUGCCCACACCUGUCACAAAAGCAUUUGAGAACAACCGAGAAAAAGCAACAACAGGCACAGAAACCAAGAAAAUGCAGUCAAAGAAAGAAAAGAUGAAGGAGAGGAGGGAGCGGUGGCUCAGCAAGAUCAGCUCCAUUAAGCAGGCGAAAGAGCUCCAAGCAGCCGAGGUCCGGCGACAGGCCACUCCUGUAGUGGGAGACAUGAGGCCGCUGGCCGACGCCUUACCGGAUCUCUCUCAGCUCAUCUCCCCAGCUUCCACAGCCCCCGCCGCUUGCCGCAAAAGCAGGAAAAUCAAAGUCCCGGUGAAGAGACCAGAGCCCACAGAUUUCAGUCAGAUGAAACGCUCACAGAAACGCAAACUGCUGGAAACGGAGACCAGCAGGUUCAGCAGAGCAGUGAGGACACUCUCAGGUAAAACCAACCCUCUGGCUGAUAUCGGUGAGCUGCUGAGGAAGAAGAUGAGACAGGAGGAAGAGCAAAGCUGCGUUUAGCAAAGCUGGACUGUGGGAGGCUGAAGAGGAUCCACACACAAACAUUUAUAACUCAGCGAACAGCAACAGCCCUGAGACCUGUGAGUGACACAGCAGGGUUUCUCUGAAAUAAUAAAUCACAACAUUCAGA